UUGGGCUAAAGCCUACAUGAGAGAAGGGAUUGUCGCAGAGACGCAGCGAAUGACAGAAAGGAAAACAAGCCAGGACGAGUUAGACUGAGAGGGCCUGGCAUUUGGAAGUUGUAUGGCCCCUUUACCCUCCACCAUGAGCUCUAUUCAAGGACCGCUUUCUCAAGAAGGUGAAGCACAGAAGCGCGCAAACCCGGACGCAGAAGAGUCUGAGAGCACCGAGAGAGCGGCGGCGGCCAAAGGAUGUAAAAACAAGGCGUUCAGUCUUCCCUUUAGCGUGGAGUCUCUAAUAUCGGACAGAGUAACUUCCAGGACUUCAUAUUCCGCAUCCGACUCAGGGCUUAUUUCCCCUUCUGAGGAGCGAGCACAGCUCUCCCCAAUGGCUCUUUACACAGACAGGAAACUGCCUCUGGAGAGCGUCUCAAACUUAGCUGUGGGGAAAAGAGGAGAGUCGGAGGAGAGGAAUGAGAAGGCACAGGGCGGAUGGUUUCACACUGCACCGUCAUACGCCUCUCCACCGAGACACUCGAGUCCGUCUCCUUGCGCGCUCCGAAAACACAAGAACAACAGAAAACCGAGGACUCCGUUCACCACCUCGCAGCUGCUCGCGCUCGAGAGAAAGUUCCGCCAGAAGCAGUACCUCUCCAUCGCAGAAAGAGCGGAGUUUUCCAAUUCACUCAAUCUAACAGAGACACAAGUGAAGAUCUGGUUCCAAAACAGGAGAGCGAAAGCAAAGAGACUUCAAGAAGCAGAGCUGGAGAAACUGAAACUGGCCUCGAAGCCUCUGUUACCGGCGUUCGCGUUCCCCUUCCCGCUGGGAGCGCACGUGCAGGCUUCCCCCGGUCUGUACGCAGCCUCGAGCUCUUUCCCGAGGCCUUCACUGCCUGUCCCGGGACUUUUCGGAGGACCUGUCACCUAUGGGAUGUAUUAUUUGUCUUAAAUGUGUUCAGUGUAAUUAACUGCAAGACUGAUGUUUUUGCCAGUCAUAAACAAACAAGUAAAAAUGUCCCAGUUUGAACUUUAAACUCAAACAAACUGGCGCGAGCCUACACACACACACACACACACACACACACACAUUUAAGUCUGACAGCAACAAUUUAAAAAAAAAAAAAUAUAUAUAUAUAUAUAUAUAUAUAUAUAUAUAUAUAUAUAUAUAUAUAUAUAUAUAUAAUAUGCUAUAGAAAAGCUUUCUGUGGUGCCCUCAAAAUAAAUAACCUGCAGAUUACAGGCCAGACUAUUUAGGUCCAUUAAAACAAAGUCAAAAAGGCAUGUAUUUAAAAUGAUCACCAACUUCAUUUUAAUUAAAGGUAAAUAUAUCUUUGGAGAAAUCAGUGUUUCAAUGAAGCCUGUUGAACAAUAUACAUAUAAAAUGCCCCCCCCCAAAAAAAAUGUUGUCAAGGCCAGAAACAUCUGUGUCAGACUAUUUGAAUACAUCCCGAGUUACCUCUAACUUGAAAUUAUUUUUAUAUAUAAAAUGAAAAUAUCACUAUAAUCUACAUUUGGGGAAAACGGGAAGCGCAUCAUUUUCUGUGUGAACUCUUCUGGAGUGUUUCAGCUGCAGUCGCGCGCCAGAUUCACUUUUCUCAGAGCCGACGUGGUGAAAGUUUGAACGUUCCCUGGGUUUCCAUUCACCCACAUUGAUGACUUUCACUGGUUUUUCGUUUAGCCACAAUACCCUUGUGCUGCAUGUACUAUGCUAUACUUAGAUAGAUUGUAAAAUUAACCUCUAGACCCUUUUAUAACUGUAAAUAAGCGUAUAUAUUAGCAUACAGAUAUUUUCAACUCCAUUUGAAAUCACGAAUAGAAUUGAUAUUUAUAUACUGUGUUUACAUUUACCUCCUGUAAAUUAUUGUAUAUAUUUGUACAUAAAAUAGAAGAAAAAUAAUCUUUUGUAUUAAAAAAUGCAUUUUGAACCAGAUGAGUGUGCCUUAUUUUACUAGAGAUUAAACUGCAGACCCGACCUACAGGAUAUUAUUAUUAUAAAAAUCGGAAAUGAUAUUCACGAUCAUUCACAUGUUCAUUCACACGCAUAUACAUGUAGAAUCAAUUUGAUGUUUAGGGUAAACUUUAAGCCACUGCAUAAUGAAG